AGGGGUGGGGGUUGUAUGUGUGGACGAGACUAGACGGACGGGAGGAAGUCGUAUGGUCACAGUACGGCUCUGGCAGGCGGCCCGACAGCAUCUCACCUUUGUGUCUGUGCGCCCUGCUGACCGUCUCCCUUCUCGUCAUGCUGGCGCUGGGUGUGGCCCUCGGGGUGCUCCUGCUCACCUCGGUGUACGCCAAACCGCAACAACGCGCCAUUCCGCUUCGGAUGCCGGACUCGGUUCGCUUUGACAACAUUACCGUCGAACGGGAAGGGCAGGCCCGAGUCCGAGCGUUCCAGGAGACGAGCCGCGCCGGCCAGGGAAUGCGGAGUGUGGUCCGAGUGGGACCAGACGGUCCGCCGCGGACCACGAUGGAGACCAUAGCGGGCCGCCCGGCGCUGCCGAUGCCGACCGUGUUCGGUCCUCCUCCGACCCGACCGGGACCACCCGUGGAGCCCGGACUCCCUCCCAUGACGACCGCCCCCGCACCCUUCCCCACUGAACAGCGUCUCCCCCUGCCGACGAUGGCUGACCUGCCUCCCCUUCCCACCGCUCCCGGCCUGGUGCGUUUUGUCCCGCUGCCCGCCUUUUCGGCGGGGGGGCCUCCCGAGCACAGAGAGUUCUUCGCUAGUAUCCAGAGGAAUAUCGACGAGACCGAGCGGCGGAUAAGGGAAUGGCAGGCUAACUUCUAGAACUAUCUGCGAACAAACGCUCUCCUCGUCUUCAUUGGAAUAUCAGUGCUUACUGCUCCGCGGCAAAUGGGUGUUCAGUGCUUUUGUACAUAUAGUGUUCUGCAACUCGUCGGUAUAUUAUAGCUAUUUAUUUGGGCUGAACUUCGGAACUAUGUGUAUGGUACUUUCAAACAGAGCAUUAGCCAUAAGGCGAUCAUAUUAGUGUUAGGCAAAGAUAUUUAUUUAAGGCAUGCGCUUUAUAUAUUCAAGUGGAAUAUUCAGGCCAAAAACUGUUUGGUAUGGUAUUGACAUUAUCGGAAGUUUUCAAUUGUAGCUGAUGUUUGAGGACGUGUUUCUAAGCGAUCAGCGAAGAACGCAUGAGUUCAUGCACAGUGCACACUGCUGCUAUGUUUCAAAAUUAGUUGCUUUUUUAUCAUACAUAAAACAUAAUUUUCCUUUGCAUUGCCCGUUCAUUUACAAAGAUGGGCGAAACGUCUAAAUACAUAUACCUAAGCGUUACAGCCGAAUGUCAUUUUACGGAAUAUAUUCACUUUAUGGCAGAAGAGAAGUAUUUUUGAAGCAUUAUAUAAAGGGUUAGUUUGGUAUGGUAUUGCUUUCCGUCAAAACUGCUUUUAAGUAGUCCCCCCCACCCCCACAAACACACACCGAAGCCUCCCAAAACUCUUUCUGAUCGGCUAAUUAAGUUUGUUCAGAUAAUUGGUAGUCUGUGGUGAACUGAAAGCGGCUGACUAUUCUUCAGAACACGUUUGCUCCAUAUGGGGCUAUUUUGUAGAGCAAAUUGACUUAGCUGCGACUUGCGAGCAUUUAUUCUGAGAAAGCUGUAUGCUACCGAUAAAAGCAGCUUGUUUGUUUUUCCCCAACAACCACGUCGCAUUUUUCUAUUCAAUGGGGUGUCUUCAGCCCAUCUGCUGUGCGACUUCUUAUGCUUGAGUUCGGAAAAACAUGCCCUUUUGCGUUUCCGCGCGAUGCAUUUUUGUGUGUGUGCAAAAUAUCGCUUUGUUCGAGCUUCAGCCCGCUUCUCAAAUUGUCCCUCUGUGACCAACUGACCCUCAGAAGAUCCCGACUCAAGGUGAAGAAGAGAAAAAAUUGUCUGAAGCUGCUUAUUUUCAUGCAUCACCAAUCAGCAUAGUGCUGAAAAAUGCGUUCCCGGUCCACCCAUGGACAGUCAUAGACAAGUCGAGCUUGUAUCGCAAUAUUCACUCGUAAGUCGUAAUAAACGCGCGUUCCAAAAUAAUAUGAGAGCAUGGCCGAAACUCGUCAUCACCCUGGAUGAUAGCGUCGUUCAAAAUUGAAAUUCAACACAUAAAAUACUAAUAAAUAUCAGAAGCCGUCAUAAGUAUUACAAUCAUUUUCUUCGCGUGUCGAGUCUAAAGAAGUUUUCCUUCGAGUCUCUUCGAGUCGAGCCCUUCGGUAAUACAAAGGGCAAACCGUCUAUCAAAUAUCUCACGACUAUGACACCGACCUACCAGCCAUGAACAACUUCCCAAGGCUUCGCAGCAAAACUGGUUAAUACCGGAUAUCUCCUCCAUUCGCAGUGAAGGAAGCGAUGGUAUACCUACCGAAGGGCAGCCCUGGGGCUACUGCCUGCUUCCUUGUGGCCUCUCUAUGCCUAAAGCCGGUGGCUGCUGUUUCUAGUCCAACGAUGCCGUCUUCCGGCUGAACUUGGCAUAAUGUACUGAAUCGCAAUUCAAAAUACGAACAUUCACAUCCGCCGUGAACUAGCUAGACUUUCCGCCGCGCCCAAGGCGAAUACGUGCUAUGAGUAUGCCGGCUGACGUGCCUCCCUUCUAACACCACAAACUCACUGGAUACAGGAUGUA